ACUAAACACUGAGAGAAAUCAUUGAGAGAUUUGGAAACAUCCAAAAAAAUAAAACUAGACUUAGAAAUUUCACCAAAUAGUGAUACAAACAAGAAAAAAAAAACAAGAACAAUCUUUAUAACAAUUUCUCACUCAUUUCGGGUUAGAUUUUUAUUAUAUUCUUUCUUUUUAUAACAAAUCUUAUUACCAAUAAAAAGGGAAAAGGAAGAAAAGUCCAGCUCUUUCCAACCAUCCGUGGAACACAAAACUUUACAAUGGUGGAUUCUUCACUUAGUUCCGACAAGGAGAAGAAAGGAGGAAGUAAGCAGCCCGUGUAUCGUGGAGUACGGAUGAGGAGCUGGGGAAAAUGGGUAUCUGAGAUUCGUGAGCCACGUAAGAAAUCAAGAAUCUGGCUCGGGACUUUUCAGACGGCGGAGAUGGCCAUGCGUGCUCAUGACGUGGCGGCUCUUAGCAUCAAAGGAUCUUCCGCCAUUCUCAACUUCCCUGAGCUCUCGGAUUCUCUGCCUCGUCCCGUUUCGCUCAGCCCACGUGACGUCAGAGCUGCGGCGACCAAAGCGGCUCUCAUGGACUUCGGUACGAAGCAGGUUUCUCACGCUAUGUCCGAGAGUGAGAGUAAUGAAACGGCGGCGUUUGAUAAAAGGUCAGAGAGCGAGAGUAAUGAAACGGCGACGUCUGAUAAAGGGUCAGAGAGCGAGAGUAACGAAACGGCGUCGUCGUGUGUGACGAGCAUUGACGAGGAGAGUACUGUGUCGGACGAUUUGGAGAAAAUAGUCGAGCUGCCGAGUCUAGGAACGAGUCUUGACGAGUCGAACGAGUUCGUGUUUUAUGACACGUUGGAUGAUUUGGUGUUCAUGCCGUCAUGGUUACGCGGUGGUCCGGAAGAUUAUUUUACGUAUAAUAGUAAUGAUUCUCCGUUGAACUCUGUUUUCGAUGAAAGCUUUUCUUGGUAACAUUUUUCCCUGAAAAAAUAAAAUUGUGUAUUUUUCUCUUUUUGUUUUGUUUUGUUUUAGUUCCCAUGGGAAUCUCACUGUUCUUUUUUUUUUUUCACAUUGCGUGAUGAGAUAUCUCAGAGAUGGUCAGGUAGGUGCCGUGGCAUUGAUAACGUUGUUAUGCUUCUUGUUUAAUUUAGUCGGUGAAAUGAAAGAUGAUGAAAUGUAAUUGUUUAUAUUACUCGGGUUUAGCCGAGAUAAUGACAUUAGUGUUUUGUAA